UGUGAUAUGCGAGUGUCUGUUUUCGACUACAGAUGUACGCAAUAUAAGGUAAUCAGCUAAAAUUUAACCUUUGGCAGCUGAGCUCAUUACUGAGCGGAAUAAUUGAGCUCCCAACAGAAAACAACUGCAUUGCUUUGUGUCUAGCGAUGUAUAACCCUGUGAGAAGUCUGGCUUAAACUGUUGACGAGUAAUAACGAUGCGAAUUUCGGCAGUCUAAAAUACAAACUACUUCGAAAUCAACUUGCUUAGAAAUGCCUUUGUUUGGCAAAAAGGAUUCGGGCAAGAAAGCCAAGGCGAAGGACAUAAAGGAGCUCAAUAAGCAAGUGUCGAUUGAAGAGAAGUACAAUCUUCACGGACUCCUGGGGACUGGAGCCUUUUCAGAAGUACGCCUAGCGGAAAGCAAAGAUUCGCCAGGCGAACAUUUUGCAGUGAAAAUUAUCGAUAAGAAAGCUUUAAAGGGAAAGGAAGAAUCUCUGGAGAAUGAAAUUCGCGUUUUGAGAAGGUUCAGUGCAAAUCAUUUCGAUGGCAAAUGUCUAAAUGGAACGCGGUUAACUCAUCCAAAUAUAGUGCAACUCUUGGAAACGUAUGAGGACAAGUCAAAGGUGUAUCUCGUUAUGGAGUUGGUUACUGGUGGCGAACUCUUUGAUCGCAUUGUCGAAAAGGGGUCCUACACUGAAAAGGACGCUUCUCACCUUAUAAGACAGAUACUAGAAGCGGUUGAUUAUAUGCAUGAACAAGGAGUCGUCCAUCGUGAUCUUAAGCCGGAAAACUUACUCUACUAUAGUCCAGACGAUGAUAGCAAAAUAAUGAUCAGCGAUUUUGGUUUAUCUAAAAUGGAGGAUUCUGGAAUUAUGGCUACAGCCUGUGGGACUCCAGGAUAUGUGGCUCCUGAGGUGCUGGCGCAAAAACCAUAUGGAAAAGCCGUCGAUGUGUGGAGUAUUGGAGUGAUAUCAUACAUUCUUUUAUGCGGCUACCCUCCGUUUUAUGACGAAAAUGAUGCUAAUCUUUUCGCACAGAUUUUAAAAGGCGAUUUCGAAUUUGAUUCACCCUAUUGGGAUGAAAUCAGUGAGUCCGCAAAGCAUUUCAUUAAAAACCUUAUGUGCGUGACGGUAGAGAAGCGGUAUACUUGCAAGCAAGCACUUGCCCAUGCUUGGAUUUCUGGAAAUGAGGCCAGCAGCAGAAACAUUCACGGAACCGUGUCAGAGCAGUUAAAGAAAAACUUUGCAAAAUCUCGUUGGAAGCAAGCCUACUACGCCGCUACAGUGAUCCGACAAAUGCAGCGAAUGGCGCUUAACAGCAAUAGCAAUGCUAAUUUUGAUUCUAGCAAUAGCAGUAACCAAGACUCUACCACUCCAACAGCAGCGACUGGAGAUUGGACUUCUAACGUUCUCUCAUCGCAGCAAUCUGUACAAAGUCAUGCACAAGAAUUGAACAAGUCGGGUGGCAGCACAAAUGCAGCAUCGCAGUAGCAAAGUUUAUAUUCAAAAUAAUGUUACAUUUAUAAUGUUUUGAAUUACAUUUUUGAAUUUUAACAAUUCUAGUCUAGUAAAUAUCUCGUACUAACGAAUCCGAUAAUUUCUCAAUCGAAAAUGCCAAUCAAAUUACAUGUGCAGCGCACCUGCACUGUUUCAUCUUUUAGUAAUAUUCACAUGGCGUAAGAAUACUACUAGAUAACAAUACACGCUAUUGGAUUUCGAAUUGACGAUUCACAUUAUGUUAUGCAAUUUCUAGGUUUCAGUUUUUCUGGACUCGAUAAAAUAUAAUUUGACUAUUUCUUUUACAAAUCAACGCAACUGAACAUCUGCGGCAAACUUGCUUACGAAUAAUAUAUGCGGUAUAUUGCAAUACAAUAAAUGUAAUAAUUUUUACCUUCUUAAAUGAUUGUGAUGUUUUUCCACUAAUUUUUAUUCUUUUUUAGAUAACCAACUUUUGUACAGUUUUCGUAAUCAAUAUUUUAUUUAAAAAUUUAGUAUUUCCAUUUUUGGAUUAAUGAACCAGUAAUAUUAGAACAACGAGAAGCCGAGAAAUCUUGCCCAACUCAGCGUUCCAUCAUUUCAAAGAUAAUUUUCUUCAUUUUCUUGCGACAGGUGAAUGAAUUUAAAGCAUAGUAGGUCUGACCACCUUUUUGGUUGGCAAUCAAAUAUUAAUUGUCAUGUCAAGCUUCCGAUUUCAAGAAAACGCUUGUCCAUAAUUUGGUGUUGACUGGAAAUUUUUAGUUAUAAGAUGCCAUGAAAACCAGCAACUCACAAUUAUUAUUAAAAUAAUACUAGGCUAAUACUUUCUUGUAACAAAUAUCUAUAUUAAACAUCCGAAGCGUGAUCUCACCAAAGAUUAUGUUUUUUUCGUCAAUCAAUA